GUGGAUGGUUUCUACUUUGUGAAAUCUGAACUGGAAAGGGUUACACUGAUUGGAAUACAAACGGCAACUGCCACAAUACAUGAAACUACAGUUACUGCAGUAAUUGAAUUCAAUAAAUAUCUUAAAAAUUGUUUUUCUGACUGGACUGAUGUUUCCAAGAAUAUAUCAUGGGAGAUCAUUUACUUGCAACCCUACGACACUGAUGAAAGGAGACGAAUAAAAGGAUGGCAGAAAUGCACUUUGAAUGAAUCAGGAAACUAUAAUCUCGAGGAACAGAACGAUACUAUCAGAUUCUGGAAUGAAAAGGUAAAUCAGUAUCAGGUGAAUUUGUCU